AUGUCUUGGCUUCUACUGUUGGGCCCAAUUGUCUUAAUCGGCGACUCAACAGAAUUGUUUGGCGAAGCCUUAUGUUUUGCCCUCUCUGGAAUCGCCUUAAUUCCCUGUGCAGAGCGAUUAUCAUAUGUUACCGAGCAGGUCGCUGAGCACACGAAUGGAACGAUCGGUGCCUUAUUGAAUGCGACAUUUGGAAAUGCGCCAGAACUGUUAAUUGCAACUGCAGCCUUACGCUCUGGCUAUUACCGCGUUGUCCAGCUUGCAAUGCUUGGAUCUAUGCUUACAAAUCUUUUAUUUGUAUUCGGUAUGUCAUGCGUGGUCGGUGGGUUGCGGUGGCAAGUUCAAGAGCUAAGAAUGACCAGUGGCAAUGUCAACGCUGGUCUCUUGCUUUUAGCUGUUUCUGGGUCACUGCUUCCUGCCGCACUUGUCACAUCGGGCCAAAUUCAGGGAGCAUCUUCCAAUAGCAUGCCAUCCCAACAAGAACUACAAUUCAGUAGAAUCAAUGCAGCGAUAAUGAUUUUCAUGUAUGGUUGUUUCCUUGUCUUUCAACUUGGAACACACAAUGAAGAGUUUGAAGAUGACAACAACACAGUCACGAUACCUACUGGAAAACAGGAAAGGCUGGGACCUCAUCAUGUAGUACAGAGGGGGGAAAAAAUGUACACGGGAAGAAAUAUUUUUUGCUUGCGGCUUUGGGGGAGGCUUUUGAGACGACAUUACCAACCUUCGUUGUCGUACACUGGAGACGUGGAGCUGUCAAAUGCAUCAAAAGCGUAUGAUAAUCUUGACCUGCCGAAUGGAGUAAGCAGAGAAUUAUGUUUGGAUGAUUCGAAGAGUAGUAUGAGCUCUGAAAGUUCGAGCAAUUCAUCAGGCGAUAAGCUCCUUCUGCCCCGCAAUGAACCGGCGCGUGAUGUCACCUUUCACGAUCAUUAUUUCGACGAUUACUACGAGGAAAACGACAAUUGCUCGAGGGUUGGGAGAAAGUCAGCAGCGCCGAAGUCUUUAUUGGACAACGAAGCAAAUGGUUUGUUGCCAGGAACCACUGUAAGGAAAAAGAACAAGAAGGGUUUAAGACCCAUGCUACCGCUUGGAUUGGCAGAUCCAUCAGAAGAACCUCCUCGACGUGAAAGGGCCCCUGAACCACAAAUCAGUUUUCGGGUUGGAAUACUUUGGCUAUUCGUUAUCACCAUUGGUAUUUCUGCGCUGAGUGAUAUUCUUGUAGACACAAUUCAUGGCUUUGCCUCUCGUCUUGAGAUCAGCGAAGUAUUUACCUCUAUGGUCAUUGUUCCUUUCUUUUCAAAUGUUGCGGAACAAGUUAGCGCAAUUUUGUUUGCUUAUCGGAACGAGAUGGAUUUGUGUGUGGGCGUCACAGUUGGAAGUGCUAUUCAAGUUGCCACGUUUGUUUUGCCUGGCUGUGUCGUCAUCGGAAUGUUUGUUGACCGAUCAAUGACACUAUAUUUUCAUGCUUAUGAGACCGUCUGCCUCUUUCUGGCUGUUAUUGUGGUUGCAGCCAUACUACAACGCGGAACCACAAACUGGCUCGUAGGACUUACAAUGGUUGGAAUCUACACUAUGAUUGCUGCAGGGUUUUGGUUCCACGAAUAUGAGGACUUGUCUAUCGAUGCUGAGAGUAUUAGAAACAGAAAUACGACCACAAAUGUUUGA